AAUCAAAUGCUUAUAUGUCCAUACGCGAAAGACAAACUUACAUAUUGGAAUCGUCUUUACAUUAUCUAAAUGUUUUGUCUGAGAAAACUGUGCCACAUAGUCAGUGGCUGGCUGUGUAGGGAGAAAAUGAUGGAUGUGUUUGCCAAGACGUCACAAAAUCCGACAGCACUGAUCGGAUAUUAGGAAUAAAGUUACCCUUCUCUGUAAACAUAGCUGUGGAGGCAGUGUCGUUUUGUUUCUAAGAUCAAAGGUUUACAACAUACACGGUGCUUAAUUUCUUGAGAAGGAGCUAGGCGAAAUCUGAUGUAAACAAUGGAUAAUGUAGGCCUAUCAAUAUAUCUUGGAUUUAACACUGUUGAGGAAAAAAAAUGCAGCUGGACGUUUUUUCACUGAACACAUUUUUUAGACGUUUACUCAAAUGCAACGGAUUGGAUUAAUCUCGCGAUCACUUUUUAUGGUAGAGAAUUUAAAUUAUCAUAGCGACCCAGAAGAUCACUGUCUCCGAAAUGAAUCUCUGUGAGGAGAAAGCAGAGGAGGAUGUUGUUCAAUAUCAGAACCAGACAGCAGCAUCUCCAGAAUCCAACCGUGUCUCUAUGAAGAGAGAUGCUUCCUUAACACAAGCCCUUACAUUCAGUGCUGAAACAGCGACAUGUAACCCCAGAAAUGAUCAGUCUGCAGAACUGCAGGAUUCUCACCGACUAGUAAAUGAUGGUCUACAGAGAGUGAAAGACCAACACAAAGUCAGCAUGAAGAACAAGUAUGAGAGAUUAUUUGAGGUAAUCAAACUACAAAAGAAUCAAACCCUCCUGAACAGCAUCUGCACACUCUACAUCAUAGACGGAGAGAGUGGAGGGAUGAAUGAAGAACAUGAGGUUUUACACAUGGAGAAAACAACCAGAACAAACCUAUUGAACACAAGAACACAUCUACAGAACACAAUCUACUGUAAUGAUAUCUUUAAAUCCUCUACUGAACCAGCAUGUGGGACGAAAGACAAAAUAAAGACUGUUCUUACUAAAGGCAUCGCUGGAAUUGGAAAAACCAUCUCUGUGAAGAAGUUCAUUCUGGACUGGGCUGAGGGAAAAUCCAAUCAGGAUGUAGAUUUCAUGUUUGUCCUUCCUUUUCGAGAGCUGAACUUGAUUCGAGAUCAUCAGUACAGUCUUCACAGGCUUCUGCUGGACUUUAAUCCUGAACUUCAAGAUCUUGGCUCCAAGAUUUACGAGGAGUGUAAAAUUUUGUUCAUCUUUGAUGGUCUGGAUGAAAGCAGAAUGAAUCUGUUGUUUUUAGACAAUGAGAAAGUUUCUGAUGUGACUGAGGCUUCAUUAGUGGGUGUGUUGAUGUCAAACCUGAUGAAAGGAGAGCUGCUUCCCUCUGCUCUCAUCUGGAUCACCUCCAGACCAGCAGCAGCCCAUCACAUCCCUUCUAAAUACAUCCACCGUGUGACAGAAAUUCAGGGAUUUGAUGAGCCUCAGAAGGAGGAAUACUUCAGGAAGAGAAUCAAUGAUGAGAAUCAAGCCAGCAGAAUCAUCUCACACAUCAGAAGAGCAAGAAGCCUCCACAUCAUGUGCCAAAUACCUGUCUUCAGCUGGAUCUCAUCCAUUGUUCUUCAAAAGCUCCUGAAAGAAGAUGUGAGUGCAGAAAUCCCUCAAACUCUGACUGAAAUGUACAUCCACUUCCUGCUGAUUCAGAUAAACAUGAGGAAUCAGAAGUAUACAGAGACAGAUCCAGAGAAACUUCUGCAGUCCAACAGAGAAAUGAUUCUGAAACUUGCUGAACUGGCUUUCAAUCAGCUGAUGAAGGGUAAUGUCAUAUUCUAUGAGGAGGACCUGAAAGAGAGCGGCAUAGAUGGGACUGACACCUCUGUGUAUUUUGGGAUUUGCACUGAGCUCUUUAAGGAGGAAUCUGUAAUUCAUCGAAGAAAGGUCUACAGUUUCAUACAUCUGAGCUUUCAGGAGUUUCUAGCUGCUUUCUAUGUGCUUUACUCCCAUCUGAUGAAAAACAGGGAGCCAUUGCAGUGUUUUCUGGGUGACAAUCAUGAGUUGUGUAGAUCUAAGAGACGAAGGUACACAGCUUUAAGAAACUCUUUGUGUGAGCUACUAAUAUCAGCAAUUGAUAAAACCCUUCAGACUGAAAAUGGACACCUGGAUCUUUUUCUGAGGUUCCUGCUGGGCAUCUCACUGGAGUCCAAUCUAGAACUUUUAAAUGAACUACUGUCAUACACAGAGAGCAGCUUAAAUACCAUCAAGGGAAUUCCUUUGUACAUAAAAGAUAAAAUCAAGGGAUAUGAACAUCUUUCAGCCAACAAAUCCACGAGUCUGUUCCUCUGUCUGCUGGAAACGAAAGAUCAGACUCUGUACAGAGAGAUUCAGGUUCACAAUAAAUGCUUGCAGUUCUCUCCUGCUCACUGCUCAGUGAUCGCCUACACACUUCAGAUGUCAGAGGAGGUGCUGGAUGAGUUUGAUCUAAUGAAAUACAGAACAUCAGAUGAGAGCAGAUUAAGACUGAUACCAGCUGUGAUCAACUGCAGAAAAGCUCUACUUGCUGGAUGUUGCCUCACUGAUCAGCAGUGUGAAACUUUGUCUUCAGCUCUGCGAUCAUCAAACUCCCAUCUGAGGGAUCUUGACUUGAGUAACAAUGACCUGCAGGAUUCAGGAGUGAAUUUGCUCUCUGCUGGACUGAAGAGUUCACAGUGCCAACUGAACAUAAUAAGACUUGUUGGAUGUCAUCUCUCUGAUCAGUGCUGUGGAAGUUUGUCUUCAGCUCUUCAGUCUUCAAGAUCCGAUCUGAGAGUGCUGGACCUGAGUAACAAUGACCUGCAGGAUUCAGGAGUGAAGCUGCUCUCUGUUGGACUGAAGAGUUCACACUGUCAAUUAAACAAAUUGAGAUUUGCCUUAUGUAAUCUCACUGGUCAGUGCUGUGAAAGUUUGGCUUCAGCUCUACAAUCAUCAAACUCUCAUCUAAUGGAGCUGGACCUGAGUAACAAUGACCUGCGAGAUUUAGGAGUGAGGUUGCUCUCCAAUGGACUGAAGAAUUCAAACUGUCAACUGAACAUAUUAAGAUUGUCUGGCUGUAUGGUGACAGAGGAAGGCUGUUGUUACCUGUCUUCAGCUCUAAAUUCAAACCCCUCACAUCUGAGAGAGCUGGAUCUGAGCUACAAUCAUCCAGGAGAAUCAGGAGUCAGGCUGCUCUCUGAUUUACUGAAUCAUCCAAACUGCACACUGGAAAAACUCAAUGUGGAUCACGGUGGAGAGUUCAGGAUUACAGCAGGGCUACACAAAUAUUUCUGUGAUCUCACAAUGGAUCCAGACACAGCAAACACUAAGCUCAUUCUGUCUGAGGAGAACAGAAAAGUGACAUAUGUGGAUGAGGAUCAGCCGUACCCAGAUCAUCCAGAAAGAUUUAAUAAGCGUCCUCAUGUCCUGUGUAGGGAGCGUCUGUCUGGACGCUGUUAUUGGGAGGCUGAAUGGAGUGGACAGGCUGAUAUAUCAGUGACAUAUAAAGGAAUCUGCAGGAAAGGAAAGGGUGCUGAAUGUGUGUUUGGAUUCAAUGAAAUCUCUUGGUGUCUGAUCUGCUCUGAUGAGCCAUUUGCUCUCUGGAGCGAUUAUCGUCACAUUGACACAUGUAUCACUUCAGGCUCAUGUAGGAAAGUAGGUGUGUAUGUGGACGUUUCGGCUGGCACUCUGUCCUUCUACAGCAUCUCUGACACACACACACUUACACACAUAUACACAUUCAACACUACAUUCACUGACACUCCCUAUGUUGGAUUUGGAUUCAUGAUUCAUGAUUUAAACUCCACACUGACUUUGUGUCAGAGUGAAACAUUUGCAAACAAUGCCACAGAUGUCACAAGUGAAUGAAACAAAUGCUUUCACUUUAUAUACCUUUAACAUAUAUGCAAAUGCACUCAUUUAAAUGUGUAGGCUCAUGUAUAUUUGCACAACAUCUGGUUUAUCUUUCAAACAAUGUGUCUUUAACUUUUGAACAACGAAUUAGUAGGAUAGUAAAAUGUUUUCUUUUUUUGUAUUAAUGCUGAAUAAUGUCCUGCUCCUCAUCCUUUUACAUGUGUGUUCACCUCAAACUUACAUUAAAAAUUGUAGGUUUGGAAAUCAAUAAAGUAAAUUAUUUUUAUGACAAAAUGAUAAACAUGAACAUUUUAUGUUCUGGAAUACUUAAUUCUCUGGUUGGUUUUAAUUGUUGUAAUCACUGUGGUGCAUCCAGUUGGAAUGCAAUAAAGAUUUAUUCUUCACUUAG